AUGUGGGUAAAAACCUACAGUAGGAGUAAUUUUUUCCUUUCAUAAUUUUUCUCAGAAAACUAGUUUGGGGAGGGAAAAUAGUAAUACCUGGUUUUCACAAUUGUGUGAUCGAAACCAACCCCAUUUUUUGGAAUUUGUUUACAAUCAAUUUCCUUGUUCUUUCAAUUUUUUCUCGAAUCAUUUGUCGAUUUUCACCCCUUUGAGAAAUUGGAUUCGCAUACUGCUGCUUGAGGAGUUUGAUUUCGUAAAAGCAUCGAAAAACCCGAGGUACAGAAACCCUAAAUUUGAUUUGAAUGGCAGCGUCGUUGGAGCCUCCGUCUACUCUCAUUGAUGAAGAGCAUUAUCGCAUGUUCGUGCGGUCCAUGGAGGCGCAUGGCGCGUCAUCUGUGGGCAUUGUUGAUUUCGAACGGCCUGAUUCGCGCUAUUAUUUCUGUGAAAGCGAUAUAGCGGAUUUGACUGUGUAUGAAUCUGCUGCUGGUGCGGCGAAGAAGCCGGUCUGGAACAAGUCUUCGAGUGGCGCAGCUGGGAAGGUUGGUGCUGCGGUGAUGGGGGCGGAGUCUUGGCCUGCUCUCUCCGACACUGCUCGUGGAUCCCCCAAGUCUCCGCUAGUUUCGUCAAAUGGAGAGGGAGUAUUAUCAGACACUACCAUCUCUACGAGUGGCGGUUACAGUAUGAACCACAUCAGAUUGGAGGCUGAUGGCACAAUAUCUCGAGCUCCUUGCAUCAUAGCUGAAUCACAGCAGCAGAAUGCUGGAAAUUCUGGGCAGAGAGAUAGAUCAUUUGGUGGUAAUGAGCAGCAGUCACAGCAUGGUUCUUUUAGGGGUAAUAAUAAUGGGCCACAAGCUCGACCUGAUGGUUCUUACCAUCAUAGACACGGUGGAAGACGUGAUCAUAAUCGGAGGGAAAGCUUUGCAUCUCAGAAGAGAGAUGGUUCUAGGCCCUUUGUACGCGGGCCAGCUCCAAAUUGGCCUUUUGUACCUCCUCCUGUAGUUAUGCGACCUUUUGUAAAUCCCAUGGUUUACCACGAGAUGCCACAGGUAUUCUUUGUCCCUGGCCCCCACCUAGAUUCACCAAGGCCGCCGCCUAUGGUCUCAUAUUCGCCACUUUUGUUUCCCGUGCCCGAUCCUCACUUACUUAACAAGAUUUUGAACCAGAUAAACUAUUAUUUUAGUAAUGAGAACCUGGUCAAGGACAUACAUUUGCGCAAGAACAUGGAUCGUGAAGGAUGGGUGUCUGUUCACCUUAUUGCUGGGUUCAAUAAAGUCAGGCAGCUGACAAACAAUAUUCACCUUAUAUUAGAUGCCUUACAAGCUUCCCAUAUCAUUGAAGUGCUGGGUGAUAAAGUGAGACGCAGAGGUGAUUGGCUUAAAUGGUUGAUGCCGCCUACUCAAAAUCCUACCACAAGCCCUGCAGUUUAUGCUUCUAGUCAGUCUAACUAUUUAGAAGAUAUCAACUAGAGACCUGCCCUGCUUAACGCUGUAUGGGAACUCAAAGCCACCCAAACUGCGUAGCGUGCAUUUAUCCAAGAUGCAUUUGAAUGGAAAACAAUCCCCAUGUCUCCCCCAUUGGCACAAUUUUGUUUGUUUUUAUUUCAGGAGAAAACAGGAAGAAAAAAAAAAAGAACCCUGGCAGCAAGCAUAUGCCGGAACAAUUAUUUUAAACAGCAGGCAUCUGAUUUUGGUCACAGAAUGAUGUCUUUCUUCUUACUGACAGCGGCUUCACUUCUUGAUUAAUCACAAAUAAGAGAACAAUUGGUCGAAAAUUAUUUGUAGUUGGAAAUUUUGUGACUUUAUAGCCUGAUUUUUUUCAGGUUCAAUUUUUGUUUCCAACUUUCCGGUGAGUUUUUUCUCUACUUUCUUCUUGUCUAGCUUUAUAAUUCAUAGAAAUGAGAUAUGUACAGAAUAAGUCCAAUUUGUGAGCCAAUGCUUGGAUUUGUUGAAGGUUUUUCAUGUUUUCUUCA